AUGACAGUCGAGACAGAAACCGUCAGCUCAAUUCCACAAUCACAGAUUGCCACCAUGGAUCGCUCCACCCUGGGCAGACCCGACUUAGGAGGCUCCCUACGUAUGAAGCCCAGCACUGAGACGAUACGACCAAGAAAGGAGAGAAAGCGGGCGACGCGCAAGGCGCCCUCGAUUAACAACGGAACGGCCUCUUCCAAGGCCGAUAUAUUCGAAGCCAGGGUUGCAAACGCCGUCGACGAGGCCAACUCGUCAGACUCGGACGAGACGUUCGUGUACGAAUCGAAUCCGCCUGAGCAACAGCACAGAGCCAGUCGACAUCACUCGCGUACACCUAGUGGAGCAUCCCUCCACAGCCAGAGCGACUUCCGCCACGCCAUGCGACCUUACGGCGAUCACCGUAUUGCAGGCAAGCGGAGUAUGAAGUUCUCUAACAAUCCUUACAGCGUCCUGGACAGCCCCGAAGCUCUGGGUGACGGUACCGUUCGGGCUCACCAUGCUAGGCACAUCGGCAGGUUUGGCCGUCCCGGUGGCAGCAGCCGCGCUUCUCUCUAUGACCAAGACUCGCCUUUUACUCAAGCUUCAAAGCUUCGCAGCACUACAUUGUCUGUCUCUGAGCGAGCACCUUCGCGCCCUGGUACACCACGUAGCACGGCGAGCGGCCAACAUCGACCUUCUGGCUUGUUUGGCAAAAAGAACGACAACUCACAAUACGACUUUGAAGGAGGAGCAGCUGAUGACGAGCGUACACCCAUGCUGGGUAGCGUCAGAACACCAAGGAAUAGCCAGCGAAACUACGGCAGACGAUUUAACAGCGACAACAGCAUGCGCUCGAUCGAUUACUACGGCGUCAGAGAACCACGAUCACGCUUCAGCAGAGUUGGGGGAUUUAUCCUUGGCCUUCUGGUCGUCAUGAUGGUGACAAUGGGUGCUGUUGGUUUGCUGGUUAUGUUCAACAAGCCCUUGACCAAUUUUCACGUGGAUAAGAUCCAGAACGUCUUGGCAAGCGAGCAGGAGAUUAUGCUGGACCUUCUGGUUGGAGCUGUUAACCCGAAUAUCCUGAGUGUGACCGUAACGGACAUGGAUGUUAACAUAUUCGCGAAGAGCAAGUAUGUCAACCCGAUUGGCAGAGACGACGGCGCUCUGCUUGCAACAGCCCAACGAAGACGUCUGGAAGCUAGCAGUGAGGCUGGCGGUACCCCAUGGCAAGACAAGCAUGGUCACUGGCAUGCUGGUUCUGGUGUUGAUAAAGGCACGGAUCCGAUCGAAGGCGACUCGCAGACAAUGCUUCUCGGCAGGAUCCUCCACUUCGAUCAAGCGCUGUGCUUCGAAGGUUCCCCGAUCAAACGGCACACGCACUAUUCACUGGGCGAGCUGCGUCUUGGCUAUCCUGGCAAUAAAACCGAAAGUGGCGGAUCAGAGCGUUGGGAGAGAGUACUUCAGUACCCGUUCGAGCUCAUCCUCCGUGGAGUACUCAGAUACCAACUGCCUAUGAGCAAUCGACGCGAAACAGCAGCCAUCGGCGCCAGUGUCAUAGUACACCCCGAGGAUCCGAUAGACAGUCACGGACGCAUGCGCUUGGAAGAGGUGGAUCACAGCGAGGAUUGGCAAUGGAUAGAUGUUGACGAUUUGGAGAGCAUCGAGGCGUUCACGACAGAGCUGCAGUAG